AUGACACAACAAAUGAGAGCACUUGGAGUUGAUGAGGCUCCAAUGCCCUUAAAGUUCCUUUUGUCCAUCUGCUAUGCUGCUUUCGUAAAAGGAGAUGUUUCAAAGAUUGAGGUUGAUGCUUCUGUGAGUGUAGAGGCCUCUCAGCUCUAUCCAGAGGUGAGAUACACAACUGUGGACGAAUUCCUCAAUCAGUUCGUCUAA